GACUGGAACUCGAUGAUGUACCUUCAGUUAGCCACACGUAGUCCUUCCCUUUCCGUUUUUCAUUGCACUGGUUCAGUGCAAAGUAUGUAUGGUUUGGAUCUGAGUGGAAAGGUCAAGUGUUGAAAAAGCUACCUCUACAGAAGCAAAAACGUAUCACUAUGAAGACAUAACAUAUACUUACAUUCUGGGAGUAAUAAAUGCAAAACUGACAAGUGCAAAUAUGUACUGAGUAGUACUGGAUUACAACAGCAUGUGACAUUCCAAAGCUCAUCUUUAUUUUGUUUUACUGUGCUACUGGCAUCUACAGAUAACGGAUUGCUUUAACAUUUUGCAAUUAUCUUUUACACUCCUUACCCUCGCAUAACUUGUCAUAUUGAGUGGAGUCUUGAAUUGGAAGGCUGAAAUAUGGAGCAUGAACAUAAAGAAGAAAACCAAGAUCAGGGAUAUCAUUUAUUUCCUGAGAGGCAAGGAGGAAGAUACAGGAAAGGUUCUGUAGCUGAAAGUGUUUUCACAUUUAAACAUAAAUGCCAGUUCAUGUUGAAAGUUGCAAUGGAUACCAGCCCAUAUGCAAAACUCCUCCUCGAUGCCAUGAAGAAUUCAGGCUGCACAGUUUACAAAGAUCGUCAUUUCUCUUGUGAAGAUUGUGACGGAACUGUUAGUGGAGGAUUUGAUGCUGCAACAUCUCAAAUUGUGUUGUGCCAGAACAAUAUUCAUCAGCAGUCCCAUAUGAACCGUGUGGUAACUCAUGAACUUAUUCAUGCAUUCGAUCAUUGCCGAGCACACGUAGAUUGGUUCAACAACAUGAAACACUUGGCCUGUUCAGAGGUGAGUUAA